ACCCCACUUCUCCUCUUGAGAAACUAUUGCAGUGCUGUGGGCUGCACUUCAAGAAGCUUGCUAUACCCAGAGAGCCACAUGUGGACCAGGAGGAAGACCCUGCCAGGGGCGGACUGACAACUCAUGGGGCCCUUGGGCAAUAGGGGAUCAUGGGGCCCGUGUCCUUGCCCAAACUCAAAAAAGCCUAUGAAAAAGGUACCAGGGGCAUCUCAUGGGGCCCCCUACUGACCCCGGGCCCUCGGGCAGUGCCCGAGUUUCCAAAUGGUCAGUCCGCCCCUGGACCCUGCUAUGCUGCUGUG